AUGAAUGAGAAAGAAAAGAACGGAAUUUUUUCCUUACACAAGGGAAAAGAUAACUUGUCUACACACCAGAAAUUUGACUUAUUGAUUGAUGAAUAUUAUUGCGACUUAAAAGAAGAAAAAAGAGAAAGACAUUCUGAAAAAAAUAUAAAGGAAGGAGAUUUUGUUUUUAAGUCUGUCGAUAGAAAUAAAACUGACUAUGCGAGAUUGGAUGAAAAUGACGAACCUCCUAUAUUUACAGAUUUAAUAGAAAACGAAAAGAAAAUAGGAACCGUUCGUAUAACAAAUCCUAUAUCAAAAAUAGAAAGGAGGGAUGAGUUGAAAGAUAAUUAUAUGAAGUGGUUGAAGACUGAAAGAUUGAUGAGACCUAAUGAAAGAAGAUUGGAAUAUGAGCAAAUGCAGGAAAAAUAUUUGGAGAGCAUAAAAUUAACUCAUGAUAUAAAAAAAGACGUUAAGCUUGCAAAGGCAAUUAAAUCACAUUAUCCUAGAGGAAUCGUAGGAGUGGAUUCUAUAUAUAAUGAGAACACUGUACUAUAUAAAGAUCAGCAUGAGGAAAUAAAAAAAAAAUACGAGAUAAAAGAAAAGAGAUUAAAAGAAAAAGGAGAAGUCUUGGAAAAGCAUAACCAAAAAAAUGGGAACUUUUUAGCAUUUCAAGAAAAUAAUUAA